CUGACACUGACUCAGUCACACUGAACUGCAGGGGCAGAGGAGCGGAGGCGACGCGCCGUGUCCGGCUGCAGCGAUCUCUACUCGCAGGGGAAAAUACGGAUUUAAAGUUCGUGGAUUGUGUAUUUGACUCCUGAAUUUGACGUGGGACAAGUUCGGCUCCCCCGUGGGAUAGUUUUUCUACAACUUGCGCGCUUUUGCUUGUGUUACACUUGAGUUUUUUGUACGCGUCUGUCUGUUGAUAUGGACAGGAGAGAGCCCGCUGCAGGGGAAGAAGACACGCCGGUGCAAACCUUCGUCUGAGUGGGGAUUUCAUGAAGCCCUGUCGGCCUUCUUGUGCUUUUUUUCACAGACUUGGAUUUAGAGACGCGGUACCAGGACCUUUGAGUCGUAUUUCUCGUCACACACUCGGUUUUAACGACAACGCUGUGCGCGAAACAUGGAAACAAUAACGCGACAGAGUUUCCAGCCUCACCCGGGACUGCAACAAACUCUCAAACAGUUUCACCUGAGCUCCAUGAGCUCUCUCGGAGGACCGGCCGCUUUCUCGGCCAGAUGGCAACACGAUCUGCUCUUCAAAAAGGAUGGCAAAGACGUCCCGGAGCCCGUGCUGCAUCUCCCCCCCAUGCAGCCUCCUCCGGUGAUGCCCGGGCCGCUCUUCAUCCCGUCCGACCGCUCCACGGAGAGGUGCGAGACGGUCCUGGAGGGCGAGACCAUCUCGUGCUUCGUGGUGGGCGGCGAGAAGCGCCUGUGCCUGCCGCAGAUCCUCAACACAGUGCUGCGGGAUUUCUCGCUCCAGCAGAUCAACUCGGUGUGCGACGAUCUGCACAUUUACUGCUCGCGUUGCACCGCCGACCAGCUGGAGAUCCUGAAGGUGAUGGGGAUCCUGCCGUUCUCCGCGCCGUCCUGCGGGCUCAUCACCAAGACGGACUCGGAGCGCCUGUGUAACGCGCUCAUCUACGGGGGCACGUACCCGCCGCACUCCAAGAAGGAGCUGUACGGCUCCAUUGAGCUGGAACUUACCGAAAAGAGCUUCAAAAUCUAUCACGAGUGCUUCGGGAAGUGUAGGGGUCUUCUGGUCCCGGAGCUCUACACGAAUCCCAACGCGCCCUGCAUACAAUGCAUGGACUGCAGGCUCAUGUACCCGACCCAGAAAUUCGUGGUGCACAGUCACAAAUCGCUGGAGAACAGGACUUGCCAUUGGGGCUUUGACUCGGCAAAUUGGAGGGCGUAUGUGCUCCUGAGCCCGGAUUACACGGGGAAAGAGGAGAAAGCGCGUCUGGAGCAGCUCCUGGAUGACAUUAAGGAGAAAUUUGACUUCGCCAAUAAAUACAAGCGGAAAGCAUCACGGGUGAGCCAGUUUGUUGCAUUUUACGCUGCAUCCUCUGCUCUAGUGCAGGGAGAACUGAUUAAGUUUUGUUGUAGUGCUGGACUGCAUGUGUCAGACGUCUAUGACAAGCCGUUUCAUCCUUUUAAACUAACUAGUGCCUAUUUUGCUGCUUGUUUGACUACUAUUUGAAAGCCAAUUGAGACU